AUGCCGGAUCAGUACAAGCAAUACGAGUCACCAGACCGGGAGCCUAGCCUUGAAACAAGCCCUCCAACCACUCCAACCACACCAACCACUCUAACCUCACACAUACAGGAGUUGGAGAACCAACCGCCUGUCCCAAUGGCAAUCCCAAUCCCAAAGCCAAUCUCAAUCCAAAUGCCUGUCUCUGUAUCUCCCGCUUUGUCGCCUUCUUUGUCACGCACUCUGUCUUCGUCCGCAAGUGUCUCACCGAUGGCUUCGGUGGCCAAUGGCGUGAAUGGCGUGAAUGGCAAGUGUGGACCAAUUCAUCGCAAGAGUCGGGACGUGUCGUGGUGUAAGCAACUGGUGCGUAACGGUGCGAACCCUAACCUGUCAAACCACGACGGGUGGCAUCCCUUGCAUUUGGCCGCAUACCAUCACCGCAACAACGAAACCCUCACUUAUCUUAUUAAUUGCAAUACUAAUAAAGGAAUGACAACUGAUGUGUUGCUUGUGUUGUGGACGUCGACAUACUGUAAGAGGGGUUGGGAUCAAAGACCUUUGGAGGAACUGUCAGACAAUGAGACAGACUAUGGGUUCUUGAGAUGCACUCCAAUGAAGACAAACAGCGAUACGAGCGAAGACGUCACCCAAACUCACGCAUUGAGUCCAUCGCAGGACACGGAAGACAAGAGCCACACAAAUGGCAAUCAACUCAAGGAUUGCAUCGAUUCCACCAAAAUAUUU